AUGAAAACCGCAACAAAUAUCUACAUCUUCAACCUGGCCUUGGCUGAUGCACUAGCCACCAGUACGCUGCCCUUUCAGAGUGUCAACUUCCUGAUGGGGACAUGGCCGUUUGGAGACGUGCUGUGCAAGAUUGUGAUAUCCAUCGACUACUACAACAUGUUCACCAGUAUCUUCACCUUGACUACAAUGAGUAUUGACCGUUACAUUGCAGUGUGCCACCCCGUCAAGGCCUUAGACUUCCGCACGCCCCGUAACGCCAAGAUUGUCAACGUGUGCAACUGGAUCCUGUCCUCUGCCAUCGGUCUGCCUGUCAUGUUCACCGCCUUAACCACUGUAACCGAUAAUGGCAAGUAUGACAGUACGUUUCACCAUGCUGUUUUUAUUUUAUCCUCAAUUAUAGGUAGCCUAUCUGUAAUGUUAGUGAGCAUACCACAGCAGCGAGAGUAACAGUUAUGUUUGAUAGUUAAUUUUUUUUCUUUCACCAAAUGAAGCACUGUGCUGUUCUACGCAUGGUCUAUGCACGGAGUCAUAGAGAGAAAUAGUGUCCCGUUAGCUUUGAAGCGUGUUUUUAUUAUCAUAUAAUAAAAACACUUUCAGAUCCUUUUAUUUAGAUUUACAUGUGACACAAACUCAUUAAAUAUGUUUUGCAAGCGUUCAUCCCUAAUUGGUAUUAAUGUAGGCCUCCAACUCUAUUCAUCAAUAUUAUGCUUUAAAGAUGACUAAUAUGGCCAUAGACUAGCAGCUUCCACCAUGUAUAAUCCUCUGAAAGUUCAUGCAUAAUUGCAGUAGUAGUAGUGGGAUGGACACUUGUCACCAAAAUUGGUGAUGGGUGACUCCUGAAUUAGGUUUUCAAAGUGCCUGUAAAAAUCGUCUUAGCUCUUGUUAUUGGUUAGAGGAGAAUAUAUGGUGUUAUUUGCAGUCUCAUGAAGGAAAUAUAUCUGAUGUCAUCUUGGGGAAUAUAAGCAGUCAGCACAAGCUUGUUUAACAAACGAGAACAUAGAUGACUUUUAUGGUUCUCAUUUUGAGCAAUGCUUCGGAGCCUAUAUACUGUAGCUUUAUCUACCUGUGAAAAAGACUGCUGUGAAGCUUUUUAUUUCCUCGUGCUACAUUCGUUCAACUGUGUCUUGUACUCAAUCUCCACAUUUUCAGGAAUCAUCGACUGCACUUUGAUCUUCCCCCACCCGACCUGGUACUGGGAGAAUCUUCUGAAGAUCUGCGUCUUCAUCUUUGCCUUCAUCAUCCCCGUCCUCAUCAUCACCGUGUGCUACGGUCUAAUGAUCUUGCGCCUGAAGAGCGUGCGCAUGUUGUCCGGCUCCAAGGAGAAGGACCGCAACCUACGCCGCAUCACCCGCAUGGUCCUGGUGGUGGUGGCCGUCUUCAUCAUCUGCUGGACGCCCAUCCACAUCUACGUCAUCAUCAAAGCCCUGAUCAACAUCCCCAACUCCCUGCUGCAGUCCGUCACCUGGCACUUCUGCAUCGCGCUGGGCUACACCAACAGCUGCCUGAAUCCCGUCCUCUAUGCCUUCCUGGACGAGAACUUCAAACGCUGCUUCCGCGAAUUCUGCAUCCCCUUGAGUCCAUCGAUGCUGGAUCUGCAGAAUUCUUCUCGUACCCGCCACCACCACCAGCACCAGCGCGAGCAGCACUCCAGCGCCAACACGGUGGAGAGGUCCAAUCAGCAGGUAUGA